UAGGGACACGUGUGUCAGAGAAGGUUCAAUGGCGUGGCAGGGUCUGGCUGCUGAGCUCUUGCAGGUGCCGGCGGUGACGCGGGCCUACACCGCGGCCUGCAUCCUCACCACCGCCGCCGUGCAGCUGGAGCUCCUUAGCCCCUUCCAGCUCUACUUCAAUCCGCACCUGGUGUUCCGGAAGUUCCAGAUUUGGAGGCUUGUCACCAACUUCUUCUUCUUCGGACCCCUAGGAUUCAGUUUCUUCUUCAACAUGCUCUUCGUGUUCCGCUACUGCCGCAUGCUCGAGGAGGGCUCCUUCCGGGGCCGCACCGCUGACUUUGUAUUCAUGUUUCUCUUCGGGGGAGUCCUGAUGACUCUGCUGGGGUUCCUGGGCAGCCUGUUCUUCCUGGGCCAGGCCCUCACGGCCAUGCUGGUGUACAUAUGGAGCCGCCGCAGCCCUCAAGUGAGGGUCAACUUCUUUGGCCUCCUCACCUUCCAGGCACCUUUCCUGCCCUGGGCACUCCUGGGCUUCUCGCUGCUGCUGGGCAAUUCCAUCCUCGUCGACUUGCUGGGGAUUACCGUGGGCCACAUCUACUACUUCCUGGAGGAUGUCUUCCCCAACCAGCCUGGCGGGAAGAGGCUGCUACUGACCCCUGGCUUCCUGAAGCUGCUACUGGAUGCCCCAGAAGAGGACCCCAAUUACCUGCCCCUCCCGGAGGAGCAGCCAGAACCUCCGCAGCAGUGACCUGGACCUAAAGGCCUGUUUCCCUGAGCUCUGCAU